AUGUCUUCUGAGCCCCUCACGGUCACGUACAAAAGAAGAGGAGACUUGAACAUUCUUUCGGACGUAUGGCAACCUGAAAGCGGACCGACGCCGAACGGGGACAAGAUUACAGUUCCGGCAGUGGUGUUCUUCCAUGGCGCGGACUACAGUCUGAUCCCUCCGGCAACUGGACAUGACAUCGUGGAGGACAUCAAGGACUUGUGGUCCUUCAUACUCGAUCCUCACAAUAUCUUCUCCUUCGUAAAUGGGGGGACGCAGAAGGAUUUUGUCGUGCAGCCGGACAAAAUCGUCGUAGCGGGAACAAGCGCUGGUGGUCUUUGUGCCUAUCUGUGCGCGAUGCACUGUGUUGAUCCUCCUCCCGUGGCGCUGCUCUCGAUCUACGGAAUGGGUGGAGAUUUCUUCGUGAGUUAUACUUUCGCUGUCCGUUACUGCAUGGUGAUUGAUGAUACGCUGGCGAGACAGACGCCUCACUAUCUACAUGAGAAACAUGCACCGUUCUUCCGAGGAAGGGAGCUUCUCGAUCCCUCCGAGUUCCAGGAGUUUGUGUAUCCGUUCCAAGAGGGGGACUCAACAUUCGUAUCUGACUCACCCCUCUCACACCACCCUCCAACCCACCCCAUCCCCGGCUACCCUUCCAAUCCCCGGAUGCUUCUCGCACGGCUGUACCUGCAGCUCGGUCAAUUUCUGGAUUACUACACAGGCCAGCAUUCACCCAGUCUAAGCCGCCAGCUCCGAGAGAUUUAUGACUCUUAUCAUCAGGAACAUACCCAGCCUUCGACAUUGAAGGGUGCGUCACCUCCCCUUGACGGGGGAGAUGACGAUUCCUCUCGGCUUUGGGAGGCAAUCGAGUCAUGCCUUGGUCAACAUCGAAACCUGUUCCCGCAGGUUAACGUUGUGAAAGGGGAAGGUCGGUGGCCGAGGACGGUCUUCCUUCAUGGAACAGCAGAUACGGCUGUCCCGAUAGGCGAAUCGAGGAGCAUGGAAAGUCAACUGAAGGCAAUUGGAGUGCCUACCCAGCUUUUCGAAGUUGAAGAAGAGGAGCAUUCCUUUGAUCUAGUACCUAACGCAGAGGAAAGGUUUGGCGUUAUUUUUGAUAAAGUGACGGCCUUCCUACAUGGUGUAGAGUAA